GUCGUCGUCAUUGCACGCACACCAGCGUAAGUCAUCUGUGAAUCAGGAGAGGAAAGGGAAGAGAGACAAAGAUGAAUGGACCGAUUCGCCAAGACUGGGAGCCAGUAGUUAUCCGCAAGAAGGCGCCAACAGCCGCUGCUAGCAAGGAUAAAAAUGCCGUCAACCUUGCCCGUCGCGUUGGCGCCGAGGUCGAAACCGUAAAAAAGUCUACUGCUGGUACAAACAAGGCUGCCUCAAGUAGCACAACUCUGAACACAAGGAAGCUUGAUGAAGAAACAGAGAAUCUGACUCUUCCAAGGGUUCCUUCUGAGCUGAAGACUGCUAUUAUUCAAGCUCGGAAUGCCAAGAAAUUGAACCAAGCUCAGCUUUCUCAACUUAUAAAUGAGAAAGUGCAAGUUAUUCAGGAGUAUGAGUCUGGAAAGGCAAUUCCAAAUCAGCAAAUAAUUAUGAAACUGGAGAGGGCUCUUGGUGUCACGCUUAGAGGGGGAAAAAACACGAGUAAGAAAUAAAUGGUUAGGCUUGGUGAUAAGCCUUAUGGUUUGAUUGUGUCCAAGUCCGUAAUACUUGUGUUUAUACAUGACCAUCGUCCUUCCGUCUCGUGUUUAACUAUUUUGGAAUUUGCGACUUUAAGGACAAAAUGUGCUGUGUAAUUUGAAUCUUUUUCUUUUCACAAUAAAUCUCAGGAGUUGAAAUGAAUAUGUAACUAAUGU